AUGCCUCGGCGGCGCCGCCGCUUCUGGGUUACAGACGUUGGGGGCCCCCGGCGCCCGGGGGGCGAGCGGUCCGAGGCGGCCGGCCGGCCGGGCCUAGAUUUGGUGCCAGCGCCAGGCCCCGGGGCGGGGGGCCGUGCUCGGGGCGGGGUGCCCCCCGACCCCCGGCAGCCCACGGGCGCCCGCCGCGCUCCCGUCUGCUCCGCCGAGCGGGAUUGGGGAGUUGCCCGCGCACCCGCAGCGCCCCGGAAGGGCCCGGAGGUGUCUCGGGCGGGCACAGGCCUCUGCGCCCAGGGGCUGCGGUCUCUGCGGCGGCGGCGGCGGCGGGGGCGGGGAGACGAGGGCGCGGCAGGAGCAGAGGCGCGGGGCCCCAGGCUCCCGCGCAGCGAGGGCGGCCCCGGGCGCGGAUUUGUGAACCAGCCGCCGAGCUCUCCGCAGCUCACAGAUCAGAGGGCUGCGAUCGCCCCACCGACGUGGUCCAAUGAGCCGCUGCAAAGAGCGCUUAGCGACAAAGCAGCGACCCUGAGAUCGCGGCCGCCUCUGACCCACCCCGCGCGCGCCUUUCGCCGAUCCCCCGGGGCCUCCGGGCGCGCUCACCUAAACCCUCACCCCGUCCGGUCCGCGCGCGCGCGCGCGCGGGGCUUCCCCAAGGAGCUGUGUUUUCAAACGCCUCCCCCACUGCUCCUCCCAGCUAGCAAUCGAGGCCUGUCGUGGCCUCGCCGGUGUUCCCCGUUGUCGGGGUGGGGGCGCAGGCACCCCGGGGGCCGGGCUAGGAGAGCCCCCUCGGGAGGGAGACCCGUCCGCGCGCCCGCCGCCGGGCUCCCCUUCUCCGCAAGGAGCCCGGCAGAAGAGGCCAAGGCCGCGGCAAGCUCGCUGUGCCUGCAAACAUACCCUGUGUCUCAAUGCGGCCGCAUCAACCAUUUCUGGACACCGACGACGACGGUGCCCAUUGCCAUCUACGCCUCUGAUGAUUCUCUGUCCCUCGGUGACCAGGGCACCCCCGGAGAGCCCCCCCCCCCCCCCGCAGCAGCAGCGGGUGGGAAGAUGCAUUUUCUCCUUGGCUGCCCUGCAGGAGCAGGGCCUCGGAUUCCUGGGCCGGACUCCCAGACUCCCCAAGCCUGGCCUCGGCCUCCCCGCUCCCUCCCAUCUCCUGGGAAAGCCCUUCUGGCUUUUCCCCUUCCCCAGAUUCCCGAGGAUAAAUCCUGCCCCCCCAAGGGGGACCAGCCGCUCCCAGCCACAAGAGGGGCUCUGACAUUUUCCGGGAGCUGUGGCAGUCAGGAGUACAAAGAAAACCUGAGCCCGCUUCCUACCCCUGCCGGUCCCUGCAGUCUGAGUAAGCCUGAGUGAGUGCAGGUCAGACGCCCUCAGGUCCUUCGUCUACACAGGCGGUUUCCAAGAAUGCGGAGAAUGAGAGGCAACCCUGUAAGCGUCCUUCAGGACCCUGCGUGACACGAGAUGCCACUGGCCUCCCUCUGCAGGCCCAGGCACUCUCCCUCUCCAUGCAAGCCACCCCCACCUCAGGGGGUUCUGUCCCCGCUGUCUGGAACAUCCUUCCUGCGGAUCCUUGGAUACAGACAGCCAACGCGAGGCCAUGCUGUCUAAAACCGUGCCUGACCCAGGCGUGCGUUCUUCAUGGCACUUUUGGCUUCCUGAGGUUGUGUCAGUGUGGGUGCAGUUGGGACACGCACGUGGGGCGGGCGGGGCCCUGUCCCUUGUGGCUUCAAGCCCCGUCCUACAAGAGGAGCCAGAACACGGCUACACCCAGCCAGCGCCCUCAAGCUUUGGUCUCCGAGCCCCUUAGUAGUCUUAAAAAUUAUUGAGGGUCUCAAAGACCUGUCUUUUAUUUUAUGUUUAUUUCUUGUUUUUGAGAGUGGUGGGGCAGAGAGAGAGACAGAGAGAGAGA